CUUGCGCGAUCGAGUCGACCGUUCUCCGUUGUAGACAAAAAACUAUUGUUUCCCGUUGCAAUUUGUGAUGUAAAUACCAAACGAUGAUGCAGAGGACACGCGGCAACAGUGUAAAGGUGCUAAACUUGAUCGCGACGUUAAUAUUCACCGCUGCGUGUUGCUUCGGCGCGCAAGAUGAUAUCCUGUCCUGUAACCCGGCGAUGCUGGAACCGUGUCCCGGGGACCACCAAAUAUGUAAUCAGACUACGAGAAUAUGCGACUGUUUGCCCGACUAUGUGCGAGUAGAUAAGAAUUGCGAGCCACUCAGCAAUGAUACUCCGGCGAAACACAGCGCUACCGCCGCUGUGGUUACCAUAUUCACACUAGCACUAGUCAUUUGUGGACUUGUUUUAAUUGUAAGAAAGUAUAAUUUAAUUGAAUAUCUCAGACAGAAGAUCAACUUGAAGAGAAACGGUGAUAUUAUGUAUGAAGAUGUAAUGAUAGGCCAAGACGACCCGCCCCUGACGCCCUAAUGCCUUCACUUGUAUUCUAGAAUAAUGUUGUUAAAGUUGAACAUUUUAUUGACCAAGUAUUUCAAUAUAAUAUUUAUAACUGGU